GAGAGGAUCUCUGUUUCCUUGGCUACGGUGGAGAGAAAGGGAAAAAAGAUAGAGAGGAGGGCCGGUCCCUUCACUUGUCGCGGAAGCGGCGCGGCUGCUCUUGGAGGGAUGGGACCGAGUCGGGCCUAGCGGAGCAGCUACCGCCAUGAGCGGAGCAGCGGCUGGUGGGGAGGGAAGGAGCGGCGACUCCCCAGCAAGCCGUUGGGCGGGCUGGAAGUUGCUGGCUCUGGGCCUUCUCUCCGCUUCCUCGGUGCUGGUGGCAGCCCCGGCCGCUCAGGCCAUGAGCAGGGAGGAGAAACGCCGCCUCGGGGGUCAAGUGUUGGAAAUGUUUGAUCAUGCCUAUAGUAAUUACAUGGAACAUGCCUAUCCAGCGGAUGAACUCAUGCCUUUAACUUGCCGUGGAAGAAUUCGAGGUCAAGAACCAAGCCGUGGGGAUGUGGAUGAUGCCUUGGGAAAGUUUUCCCUGACACUGAUUGAUACAUUGGACACUCUUGUGGUAUUGAAUAAAACCAAAGAGUUUGAAGAGGCUGUUAAAAAAGUGAUCAGAGAUGUUAAUUUGGACAAUGACGUUGUAGUAUCAGUGUUUGAAACAAACAUAAGAGUUCUUGGAGGGCUUCUAGGUGGGCACUCUGUAGCAAUCAUGCUGAAAGAAAAAGGUGAAGACAUGCAGUGGUACAAUGGGGAACUUCUGCGCAUGGCAAAGCAGUUGGGCUACAGGCUCUUGCCAGCUUUUAACACCACCAGUGGUCUCCCAUAUCCAAGAGUUAACUUAAAAUUUGGCCUAAGGAGUCCAGAGGCUCGAACAGGAACUGAGACUGACACAUGUACAGCUUGUGCAGGCACUUUGAUCCUGGAGUUUGCUGCUCUGAGCCGCUUCACAGGCGCAACAGUAUUUGAGGAAUAUGCGCGGAAGGCACUUGAUUUUCUUUGGGAGAAAAGACAGCGCAGCAGUAAUUUGGUAGGAGUCACCAUCAACAUUCAUACUGGUGACUGGGUCCGAAAAGAUAGUGGAGUUGGAGCAGGAAUUGAUUCAUACUAUGAGUAUUUAUUAAAAGCCUAUGUCUUGCUCGGAGAUGACAGUUUCCUUGAAAGAUUUAACACACAUUACGAUGCCAUAAUGAGAUACAUUAGCCAGCCACCACUCCUGCUGGAUGUGCACAUACACAAACCAAUGCUCAAUGCUCGGACCUGGAUGGAUUCUCUGCUAGCAUUUUUUCCAGGUUUGCAGGUAUUGAAAGGUGACAUUAGACCAGCUAUAGAAACUCAUGAGAUGCUGUAUCAAGUAAUAAAAAAGCAUAACUUUCUCCCUGAGGCUUUCACAACAGACUUCCGAGUUCAUUGGGCUCAGCAUCCUUUACGGCCAGAAUUCGCAGAGAGCACUUACUUUUUGUAUAAAGCUACGGGAGAUCCUUACUACCUGGAAGUAGGAAAAACUCUAAUUGAGAACUUAAAUAAAUAUGCCCGAGUACCUUGCGGGUUUGCAGCAAUGAAAGAUGUCCGUACUGGAAGUCAUGAAGACAGGAUGGACUCUUUCUUCCUGGCGGAGAUGUUUAAGUACUUAUACCUGCUCUUUGCUGAUAAGGAAGAUCUGACUUUUGAUAUCGAAGACUAUGUCUUUACUACUGAGGCUCAUUUGCUACCUCUCUGGCUGUCUACUACAAACCAAACAGCCCCUAGGAAAAAUAUUACUACAGAAUACACUGAACUGGAUGAUAGUAACUUUGACUGGACGUGCCCCAACACCCAGAUUCUCUUUCCAAAUGACCCCAUGUAUGCUCAGAACAUCAGGGAACCUCUGAAAAAUGUGGUAGACAAGAGCUGUCCUAGGGGUGUAUCUCGAGCGGAGGAGAGCUUGGGCAGUGGACCAAAGCCACCGCUGAGAGCAAGGGAUUUCAUGGCCAGCAAUCCUGAGCAUUUGGAGAUCCUGAAGAAGAUGGGAGUCAGCUUGAUUCACCUCAAAGAUGGAAGGGUCCAGCUGGUGCAACAUGCUAUCCAAGCGGCAAGUGCACUCGAUGCAGAAGAUGGCCUGCGGUUCAUGCAAGAAAUGAUUGAGCUGUCCAGUCAACAGCAGAAAGAACAACAGCUACCUCCACGUGCGGUUCAGAUUGUUUCCCACCCAUUCUUUGGCAGAGUGGUGUUGACAGCUGGGCCUGCACAAUUUGGAAUGGACCUGUCCAAACACAAAGCAGGGACAAGAGGAUUUGUUGCAGUCGGUAAACCUUAUAAUGGAUGCUCUGAGAUCACCAAUCCCGAAGCACUGAAGGAGAAAAUUGCCUUGAUGCAAAGAGGACAGUGCAUGUUUGCCGAGAAGGCUCGGAACAUCCAAAAAGCCGGGGCCAUAGGCGGCAUCGUUAUCGACGACAACGAGGGAAGCAGCAGCGACACAGCCCCUCUCUUCCAAAUGGCCGGAGACGGCAAGAACACGGAUGACAUCACGAUCCCCAUGCUGUUUCUGUUCAACAAGGAGGGCAGUAUCCUCCUUGACGCCAUCCAGGAGUACGAAGCGGUGGAAGUGCUGCUGUCUGAUAAAGCGAAGGACAGAGAUUUGGAAAUGGAGAGCAUGGAUCAAAAGUCGCCUGAGAACGAUUCCCAUAACCAGAGGUCAGAAGAAAUCGCAACAGAUCUGAACUUGGGCAGUCACCGUUCUGAAGAAGGAGGUGGCUUGAAUCCGCCUACAGAGUCGAGUGGAAAUGGUUUUUCUUUUGAGAACCAGGACUCCUGUGUCCCCAACCCCCAGGAAGCCAGCAGCAGUCAAAUUUCAGAACUAGAGGAGUACCCUGAGGACCAAUCAAAGACAGAGUCAGACUCCAGUCCCAGUAAUAACUGGGAUAAUAAAGGCCAGUCCAUGGAAUCAAUAUUAGCAGAUUGGAAUGAAGACAUAGAAGCCUUUGAAAUGAUGGAAAAAGAUGAACUAUAACUUCAAAUAACUUUAUCGUGGGACUAUACAACAGUGAACUCCGGAGGACAGUAGGGCCCUAAUAUCUGUGGGGGGGGAGAAAUGAAAGAAUUGUUCAGUAUUGUGAUAUGCAGCCAGGUUUUAUUGGCAAAAGCCAGCAUGUGUUAAUUUGUAUUUUUUAAUUUUUUUCCUGUUUUUUUUUUUUUUAAUGGGAAUGUGCAAUUGACCCAUUUUGCAGGGUUCCUUUGCAUGGUGCUGUAAUGCAGGAGGUUCAUUCAGGGAAUGAUUCGGUUUCCUCCUGGGUUCCAGGUUGCUGCGAGUUAGCUUGCCUUAGCCACAGAAGGCAAAGAAUCAGUGCAAUGGAAUUAAUGUGCCCCUGGGUCUGGAACGGCUAGUUGAGGGCGGCACGACAUCCUGGCACCGGAGAGCCACAGGCUGGCUGCUGGGAAGAUGCCAUUGCAAGGGGGGGGGUGUCAACGCUGUAUCUCCAUUAGAACCUUUGUGGAUACCUGGGCGUGGGUACUUCAGGGGGUUGUGCCUUUUAAUUACAAGGGCAGAACAACAGGCAACUGCGAUUUGCCCCGUGCCACUUAGUAUGGCAAGUGUGCUGUACCGGUUUUAUUACUUCUUCCAUUUGUUACUUUGAGAAACGACCAAGACGGCUUGGAAUUUUUAUUUUUUAUUUUUAGUUCCUAGUACAAGUCAAGACAGCCUAGAAACCAAAGGUAAUGAGCUCAGUUAGCAAAAAGGAAAUUCACAGAUAAUUCUGAGACGAAUCUGGGUAAUGGGGCCUCUUUCCUCCCCCCCCCUUGAUUUUGGAAUGUCCACGGUAAAAGCUAAAUAUCAGCCAAAAUUAACAUCCUUGCUGAGUUCUAGAAAGAUUUAGUCUAUCGGUUAGUGUUUAGGACAGAAUAACGUUCACCUGGUUUGCCAUUUUUUUCUUAACUUAGCUUUGUAUCCACACCACUCCUGCUACUGUACAUAAUGUGUCAUUCACCCCCCUCCCCCCCCCCAGCAAGAAGGCCAGUAUCUUGGUAGCAGUCUGACCGGGAAGCAGCGGGUCCAUGGUGUGGCGUGACUCCCUAGGACAGGCUGGGAUGUUAUCGAUUCUUUUAGAGCCGCAGUCGCUUUCGGUGGGACAGCAAUCAUGUUUCACAAAUGUCUUAUUUAAAAUUAGGAUACUUUUAAAAGCCCAACUGUAGCAGCGACAAUUACCACCACCACAACCAAAAAAGCAAACGGCGUUAAUGCAGUUGCAUCUCUUGCAAGACUGCCAGACACUAUUUACAUCCAGUCUUAAUUGUUUUCAUUUUGGUAGUUUUAAGCUUCUUUCUGCUGAGCGAAUGCGUUUGCACGUUUUGCUUUAGAAAACCAACUCGGCUGCGCCAGAAUCCACCACUUUAAAUAUAGCUGGUGCUUAGUGGGAAGUUAGCCUUAUGAGAGGUGGUGUAUAAGCAGAGAGAAGGCCUCCAUCAUUGCAAGGACCUGUCAGGGCAAUUUCACGCCGCUACAUGAUCCUUGCUAGAAGAGGAGCAGCUUGAGAGGACAGUAAUGGCAUCUUCCAAUGUAGUGCUUUACUUCCCCUGAAAAGUGGACGGCAACCAGGGACUGGUAUGAAAGGAAGCAAGCUGGGCAGCCCGGGAGAAGGGGGCCGAAUCUGCGCUUUGCUGUCCGUCCCGAGUGGACCCACGGGCUGGGGUACGGGAUGACUUUUACAUCCUCCUUGUCUGUAUCCUAGGUUGUGGAUGUUUGGUCACACUUGUAUGUGUUAGGCUUUUAUGUUUGAGAUUUUUUUUCCCCCCCUUUAGGUUUGCAGACUGAAGGACAUCCGGUUGUUUUGCUGGCAAACACUUAUCAGUUACACAUACUUGUAAUCUAAGACAGGUUCUAACAUAGAAAGGAAUGGGUGCGCAAAGCAUACUUUCAAAUGUACAGGCACUUCUCUGAGAGCAUAACCAGGCAGCUGAAGAGGCUCUUUUACAGAUGUUGGUGAAUCUUGGAGGACUAGUGAAUAAGUGUCCCAAUCCCCCCCCCCCAAGAAUUUUCAUUUUUUUUUU